AUUAGCCUAAUCCAUUCACUUCCACUUUGACGUCGACCUCUCCUCCGCUCUAUCUUACGCUCUGCACCCAACCCAACCAAGCAACCAAACCAACCCCGAAAUUGACAAUGCCUUGUGCAAAUUACGCACUCAGCUCUAAUUUGCUUCUCUUCUGCUAGAGUACACAUCUUAAAACAAGUACUAUUGAUGAUGAUGACGACGACGACGAGUCUUCCACUUCCUCUAAAUGUCCUUGCAACUCCGUUCUCUGAUUGUUUAUUGUUUUAUAAGUUUUGAUUUCUUUUUCCUUUCCAGAUAUUAGUUAUGUUUUGAUGCAAACACCGGACAGAAAACUGAAUUUUAAGAUUUGAAAAACAACAAAGACAAUCAAAGCAUUCCAUGAAUUACUGUUGACUAGUAAAAUGGGAUGCGUCUAUUCCAGAGCUUGCAUCGGAGAGGUCUGUGUACCAAGAGAUCCAAGAAUCAAGCAACAAAAUCAGGUUCAAACAAUUACACAAAAUGCUACUGAAUUACCCGUAUUCUCACCAGCAACAACUUCGCCAGAAUCUGAAACACGAGACCAGAUCAAUCAAAUAAGCUUAAACCGAGACCCUGAACUAGGUAUCACUAGACUUUCUAGGGUUUCAUCGCAAUAUCUACCUCCAGAUGGAUCAAGAACCGUUAAAGUUCCAUCUGCUAACUAUGAAUUGCGUUACUCAUAUCUCUCACAACGAGGUUACUAUCCUGAUGCCCUUGAUAAAGCUAAUCAAGACAGUUUUUGUAUUCACACGCCGUUUGGUACAAGCCAAGAUGAUCAUUUCUUUGGAGUUUUUGAUGGUCAUGGAGAAUUUGGGGCCCAGUGCUCACAAUUCGUGAAGCGAAAAUUGUGUGAGAACUUGUUAAGAAACAGCAAGUUCAAUUUAGAUGCCGUUGAGGCUCAUCAUUCGGCUUUUUUGGCUACCAAUUGUCAGUUACAUGCAGAUAGUUUGGAUGAUAGUAUGAGUGGAACAACAGCGAUAACGGUGUUAGUUAGAGGAAGGACUAUUUAUGUAGCGAAUUCUGGUGAUUCUAGAGCUGUUAUAGCUGAGAAGAAAGGUAAUAGUAAUGAGAUUACAGCUAUUGAUUUAUCGAUUGAUCAAACUCCAUUUAGAGAUGAUGAGUUAGAGAGAGUGAAGAUGUGCGGUGCUAGAGUGCUUACUUUGGAUCAAAUUGAGGGUUUAAAGAAUCCUGAUGUGCAAUGUUGGGGAACUGAAGAAGGUGAUGAUGAUGGUGAUCCUCCGAGAUUGUGGGUCCCAAAUGGGAUGUAUCCUGGAACUGCCUUUACUAGGAGUAUUGGUGAUUCAAUUGCUGAGACAAUUGGUGUUGUUGCUAAUCCUGAAAUUGUUGUUUUUGAGCUAACACCCAAUCACCCUUUCUUUGUGCUUGCUAGUGAUGGGGUUUUUGAGUUCAUAUCAAGCCAAACCGUGAUUGAGAUGGUUGCAAAAUAUAAAGAUCCACGUGAUGCUUGUGCUGCAAUUGUAGCCGAAGCUUAUAGACUUUGGCUACAAUAUGAAACUCGUACUGAUGACAUCACUGUGAUUGUUGUGCACGUUGACGGAUUAACUGAUAGUGCUGUUGGUCAAUUAACAAAUCAAGGUGCUGUCUUGCGACCCCCUAUUCCUCAAGUUGUAGAGCUGACAGGGUCAGAAUCUCCUUCAACUUUUGGCUGGAGCUCUAGGAACCAUCGUGUAAGGCAUGAUAUAUCUCGGGCACGGCUUCGUGCCAUUGAGAGUUCACUAGAGAAUGGAAAAGUUUGGGUUCCUCCAUCUCCAGCUCGUAGGAAAACUUGGGAAGAAGAAGCACACAUUGAGAGGGCAUUGCAUGACCACUUUCUUUUCAGAAAGCUGACUGAUUCUCAGUGCCAUGUUUUGUUGGACUGCAUGCAGAGAGUUGAAGUCCAGGCAGGAGAAAUUGUAGUUAAGCAGGGUGGUGAAGGCGAUUGCUUUUAUGUUGUUGGUAGUGGAGAGUUUGAGGUCUUUGCUACCCAGGAAGAGAAAAAUGGAGAGGUGCCAAAAGUUUUGCAGCGUUAUACAGCAGAAAAGUUAUCAUCCUUUGGAGAGCUGGCACUAAUGUAUAAUAAGCCACUCCAGGCCUCUGUUCGGGCCGUGACUAGUGGAACACUGUGGGCCUUAAAGAGAGAAGAUUUUCGUGGAAUUCUGAUGUCAGAAUUCUCUAAUUUGUCAUCCCUGAAGUUGCUCCGUACUGUGGAUCUUCUUUCCAGAUUGACAAUCUUGCAGCUGAGUCACAUUGCAGAUUCCCUUUCUGAAGUUUCCUUCUCAGAUGGGCAGACAAUAUUUGAUGGGCAUGAUUUGCAGAAUGAGGGGCCUUCAGCAUUAUACAUCAUUCAGAGGGGAAAAGUGAGACUCACUUUUGAUGCAGAAGUAUUAAGUAGUCAAAAUGUUGGAAGUUUGAAGUCAGACAAUAAAAAAGAAGAUGAUAAUCUAUCUAGUGUUGAAAAGCUCUCCUUGGAAAAGAUAGAGGGAAGCUAUUUUGGUGAAUGGGCACUUCUUGGUGAAUACCUUGGUCCACUAACUGCAGUUGCUGUGGGUGAUUGCACGUGUUCCAUCUUAACAAAGGAAAAAUUUGAUUCGGUUGUUGGCCCUUUAACAAAACUUUCUCAAGAUGGUGAAAAGUCAAGGGGCUCUUCUUCAGAUUUUGCCAAGGAAUCCAUUGAAAGUACUGAUACUUCAGCUCCUCUUAAAGUUCGUUUCACUGAUAUGGAGUGGAAGACUUGCUUGUAUACCACUGAUUGCAGUGAGAUUGGAAUUGUCUUCUUGAAGGACUCAGAAAAUUUGCUUAGCUUGAAAAGAUUUUUGAAGCAGAAGAUCAAGAGGCUGGGAAAGGAAGCCCAAGUUUUGAAAGAGAAGAAUCUAAUGAAGAGUCUGAAUCCUUCAGCUUGUGUUCCGCAGGUUCUGUGUACUUGUGCGGAUAGAACACAUGCGGGCAUAUUGUUGAAUGCAUGCUUGUCUUGUCCUUUGGCUUCAAUACUUCAUGCAGCACUCGAUGAAUCAUCUGCACGGUUUUGUGCUGCCUCUGUUGUCAUUGCCUUGGAAGAUUUACACAAGAAUGGUGUUCUCUACAGAGGUGUGUCUCCUGAUGUCUUAAUGUUGGAUCAAACAGGACGUUUACAGCUAGUGGACUUCAGGUUUGGAAAAAAGUUGUCUGGUGAUAGAACAUUCACAAUUUGUGGAAUGGCAGAUUCUUUGGCUCCAGAGAUAAUCCAAGGAAAAGGGCAUGGUUUUCCUGCUGACUGGUGGGCAUUGGGAGUCUUGAUCUACUUCAUGCUGCAAAAUGAAAUGCCAUUUGGAUCAUGGAGAGAAAGUGAGCUUGAUACCUAUGGAAAGAUUGCGAAAGGGCGGAUAAGCCUUUAUCCUACAUUGAGCCCUGAAGCUGCAGAUCUCAUCACAAAGUUACUUGAAGUUGAUGAAAAUGCAAGACUUGGAAGCCUGGGUUCUGAUUCUGUCAAAAGCCACCCAUGGUUUUAUGGUGUUGACUGGAAAGGAAUCAGAGAUGGUAGUUUCCCUGUUCCUCGUGAUGUAGCAUUUCGUCUUACCCAACAUUUGGAAAGUCAUCAUGAGGACUAUACUGUUCCUAUAGCUUCCCCACCUGGAGAAGAAGAUGAUCUCAACGUUCCUGAGUGGCUAGACGACUGGUAGAAGAAUGACCUAUCUGGGAUUUAACUCGUUCUCUGCUUUUUACAGGUGGAGUCGUCUUCUCCCUAGGAAGACGACUUCUGUCCUGUACGGACACAACUGGGGCCUAGGACUCAAAAUCUUUUGAUAAAUGAGGAGCAAGCUGCAGGUCCCAAUUUGGACGGAAUCUUAUAUAUUCUUUUGUCAUAAGUACAUGAUAGCAACGGCGGAUUAUCUCAUAUGGGUAGUUGCACUAACCAAUUCAACAGAGAGGUCAGCUAAAGAGAUAUAUUUCUUCAAUUGAAUCCUUCUUUGCUGUAUUUUUACACUUCUGUAAAUAAGUUUAUAUAUACAUAUAUGUAAAUGAGUGAGGACUUCUUUUCUUCUGGAAAUGGAAACACCACAUUCUUCGUAUUGCCGUCGUAGUAGUUUGUUUGAUUGGUUCAGCCAAAUGGCUUUGUAAUUUCUUUUCCUCCAUUAACAUUCUUGGUAAAGGAGAUACGCAGCAUCUAUUUUACUUGUUUCGGAACUGCUGUUGAGAACCUCAAUGAAUUUCUCUUGUUUUCUUGAUA